AUGCGUUCUGCCGCUCUCCUUUCUCUGCUGCCCUUGGCACUUGCAGCACCUGCGACUCGUGCUCCUCUCUACACCCGGGAGGAGGCCAUUGAGGGCAAGUACAUUGUCAAGGUCAAGAACGGAGCCUCCGCAUCCAUCAACUCUGCCAUCGCCAGCAUUGCGUCCAACGCCGACCAUGUGUACAAGAACCUGGGAGGGUUUUCUGCCAGCCUGACGUCCGAGGAGGUCGAGACUCUGCGCAACAACCCUGAUAUUGAAUACAUCGAGCAAGACCAAAAGGCCACCAUGUUCGCUACCCAGACCGGUGCUCCCUGGGGACUGGCUCGCCUCUCCAACAAGGAGCCUGGCUCCAGCACCUACACCUAUGAUGACGCGGCUGGAGAGGGCACCUGUGUCUAUGUUCUCGACACUGGUAUUGACACCGAGCUGAGCGAAUUCGGUGGGCGUGCAUCCUGGGCUGGUGACUUUAUUGGAACAGGCAAGGAUGAUCAAGGCCACGGCACUCACUGCGCCGGUACAGUCGGUUCCAACACGUACGGUGUUGCAAAGAAGGCCAAGCUUUUCGCCAUCAAGGUCCUCGAUUUCGAGGGCAACGGUGAAUAUGCCCAAGUUAUUGCCGGCCUUGACAUGAUCGCGGAUCAUGCGGCUACCCAAGACUGCCCCAAGGGAGUCGUCGCUUCGAUGUCUCUGGGCGGUCCCAAGUCGCAGGCCGUCAAUGAUGCCGCAGCCAACGUCGUCAGCGCUGGAAUCUUCCUGGCCGUCGCUGCUGGAAACGGCAACCGAAUCACCCGCCUCCCCGAAGAUGUCGCCCUUGUCUCGCCUGCCUCCGAGCCCUCCGCUUGCACUGUCGGCGCAAGCGAUAGCCAGGACCGCGUUGCCUCUUUCUCCAACUUCGGUGCCCUGCUCGACGUCUAUGCGCCCGGUGUCGGUAUCAGGAGUCUUCAGCCCGGCGGCUCGACCUUGGAUGCUAACGGCACAUCGAUGGCUACCCCUCACGUUGCUGGUUUGGUCGCCUACUACUUGAGUCUCGGGGCUACCGAGGCCGCCGGUGCGUGCAGAUAUAUCGUGGACCAAGGUCUGAAGGGCGUUAUCAAUGGUGUUCCUUCUGGCACCGCCAAUGUUCUCGUCCAGAACGGCCAGGCCUAG